AGAUGGGCCAGUCGUUCUGCAGUCCUCAGGGGGGGCUUCCAAAGAAGUCUCACACCCUCGCAGAUGCCAUGCAGUCUCUCAAGAAGGCUGCCAGACCCAAGGACGGGAUGGCGCCUUCCGUUGCUGAGUGGUACGAGGAGGUGCACAGCAUCCUAUCGCAGGUGGAGAAACAGCGCGAGGGAAUCAGCGGAGUGGACUUGGAGGACAUGGGCAGGAUGUGUAAGAUCACCAUAGCGACGACAAAGGGGGUGACAUACUGGGUGAAAGAGAUCAACGAGCAGAUGCAGCAUGGUGUCGAUGGGAGCGUGAUCGCCAAGGCAUCGGCGGCGCGGCUGGAAAGGAGCUUGAGACCGUAUGUUGACUGCCUGAAGAACUUCAGGAAGGACUUCAUCGACUCGCCGUUUGACUCGUUGGCCUACUACAUGAUGGCGAUGCGAGAGCCGUUCAAGGACUACAUGCGAUGGGUAGACCCUAACCUCAAGGACGUCGAUGACAAGGUCCGAGAGGAGAUGGCAAGCUUUCAUGGCAGCCCCAACCAGCCGAUCUGGGUUGUGCAGAAAGAGGAAGGAAACAGGCUCAACGUCAAUGUAACGAGGCCUCUCUCGCUGUACUGCGAUGGCAACUUCGUAGGAGAAGUUAUUGCCCAUGACUAUCACAGGAAAGUAUCAGAGCGUAUGUAGAAACUAGAUCCCUUCUCUCCUCCAUCCUCGUCGCGUCAAAGCUUCGUCUUUUUCCCGUGAACCCUCCUUGUCAAGUAGUUUUCCCACUGCCUUCGCUUUGUCGUGAGCUUUAAUAGAACAGUUUCGAUGUCACUAG